CAGCCGUUCCCUCCAGCAGCAGCUUCAUUUUCUCUCCGCUUUGUGCUAAAAUGGAGGCUGGCCUGUCGCCCUGAGCGGAGCCUUCCUGCUCGAGCCGUACAUGUUGACAUGCACUAGCGCCGCGGACACGAUGGUCGUGGAUGCCCCCAACUCCAACGGGCCGUUUCAGCCGGUGGCUCUCAUGCACUUCAGAGAUGUGGCCCCUGCCGAGCAGGAGAAGCUGUUCGUGCAGAAGCUGCGGCAGUGCUGCGUCCUCUUCGACUUCCUGUCCGACCCGCUGAGCGACCUGAAGUGGAAGGAGGUGAAGCGGGCGGCGCUGAGCGAGAUGGUGGAGUACAUCACCCACAACCGCAACGUCAUCACCGAGCCCAUCUACCCCGAGGUGGUGCACAUGUUUGCUGUCAACAUGUUCAGAACGUUGCCUCCGUCGUCCAACCCCACCGGAGCCGAGUUCGAUCCCGAGGAGGACGAGCCCACCCUGGAGGCGGCCUGGCCCCACCUGCAGCUGGUGUAUGAAUUUUUCCUUAGGUUUUUAGAAUCUCCUGACUUCCAGCCCAACAUAGCGAAGAAAUACAUCGAUCAGAAGUUUGUAAUGCAGCUCCUAGAACUAUUCGACAGCGAAGAUCCCAGAGAACGGGACUUCCUGAAAACUACGCUCCACAGGAUCUACGGGAAGUUCCUGGGUCUGAGAGCCUACAUCAGGAAGCAGAUCAACAACAUCUUCUAUAGGUUUAUCUAUGAGACAGAACAUCACAACGGUAUAGCUGAACUACUGGAAAUACUUGGAAGCAUAAUCAAUGGAUUUGCCUUACCGCUGAAAGAAGAGCACAAGAUUUUCCUGUUGAAGGUUCUAUUGCCUCUGCACAAAGUCAAAUCACUCAGUGUCUACCAUCCACAGCUGGCCUACUGUGUGGUGCAGUUUCUAGAGAAGGACAGCACCCUGACCGAGCCGGUGGUGAUGGCUCUGCUCAAGUACUGGCCCAAGACGCACAGCCCCAAGGAGGUGAUGUUCCUCAACGAGCUGGAGGAGAUCCUGGACGUGAUCGAGCCCUCCGAGUUCGUCAAGGUGCAGGAGCCCCUCUUCAGGCAGCUGGCCAAGUGUGUGUCCAGCCCCCACUUCCAGGUGGCGGAGCGAGCGCUGUACUACUGGAACAACGAGUACAUCAUGAGUCUGAUCAGCGACAACGCCGCCAAGAUCCUGCCCAUCAUGUUCCCCGCCCUGUACCGCAACUCCAAGACCCACUGGAACAAGACCAUCCACGGCCUCAUCUACAACGCUCUGAAGCUCUUCAUGGAGAUGAACCAGAAGCUGUUCGACGACUGUACACAGCAGUUCAGAGCUGAGAAGAACAAAGAGAAGGCCAAGUCCAAAGAACGUGAAGAGGCCUGGAUCAAGAUCGAGAACCUGGCCAAGUCCAACCCACAGGUGCAGCUGCAGUGGGCGGAGCGGCCGAUGGUUCGCCGUAAGUCUGAGCUGCCUCAGGAUUUCUACACCACUAAAGCCUUGGAGUCCCACCGCAGAGCUGAAGACAUGUUGACCGCCCACGACGGACUCUAGGCCCCCCCCCACCCCCCACCCCCCCCCCCCACCCCCCCCCCCCCCACCAUGGACCUGGUUCAGCGGUUCUCCUCGGUUCUCCUCGGUUCUCCUCCACUCUCACAUUUCUGCUUUCUCAGGUUUUUUCUUGGUUUGAAGACGAGUGUUUGUGUCUUUGACCCCGUUUCUUCAUGUUUCUACUUGUCACACACACACACACACACACACACACACACACACACACACACACACACACACACACACACACACACACACACACACACACACACACAGGGUUGCUGGGCUCUGUUCUCUUCAUGUUCUCGGUGGAGCAGGUGGUUCUUGUCGGAGGCGGUCCAGAUGUGUCCAGUCAGUACCACUGUUUGAACCGUCUCGUCUUCGGCGGCUCAGUGUCUGUCUGUCCCCCGUCCCCGUCCCCCUGCUGAGGGAGAACCUGACGUCCUCACUGUAUUAAACUAUUUGCUGGAAUGCAAACGAUGUAAAUUAGAAGAACCAUGUUCCACAUGACCCUUUGACCCCGGAGGAAUGCCGUCGGCCCCCAGCGUCCAGAAGACGUCCCACUUUCAGACUGGACAGAUGUCUCUCUGCAUUUUAACAUAUUAUUUCCAGAACAUAACUUAAAGUGUCCUUUUGUAUGUGACCUGUACUAUAUGAUUCAUUUAAUAUUGUAUAUAUGAGUUACUGUUUCAUGUAGUGUUAUAUAUCUAGAUUAAUUUUGUACAAAUGGUCCCUCUGUACAGAAUAAAACCUCAUUAGCAAGCGACG